AUGCCCAAAACACAGGAUAUCAUUGAGGCAACGCCUGAAGUAUUAAACAGAGCGGUUGAAGUAACUCAAUCGGUGGUAAAUGUCGGUGAGCAGUUGGGCGUAGCAAAAGGAGCAUUAAAAGUUGCCGGUUCCAUAACUGAUGCAAUCACACCUUUCCUUCCAUUAAUAAGUUCAGCGACUUCAAUUAUUGGUGAGAUGAUGAUCAUCUAUAAACAAGCGGAAUGUAACGAAAAUAUUGUUGGUGCCUUAUAUUAUAGAACAAAGCAAGCCGAGUUUGCCAUUGAAACUUUACGAAGACGUAAAAAAAUACAAAAUGAGGUUAACGGUCAAAGCUGGUAUAAAGCAUUUAAUCGUUUCGUAUACGUUUUGUCAGAAAUUAGAAAUUUUGCCAAAAAAGUUGCAUCUACUCAUGGAUUUAAAAAAUAUUUUGAAAGCUAUUCAAUUAAAGAUAAAUUUGAACAACUUACAAAUGAUUAUGACCUUGUUAUGAAAGAAUUGAACUUUACUAUGGUCAUCGCAAAUGAAGAACAAAGGCGAUACGAUAGUGAAUGUAUAAGGGAAGAUAUUGGUGAGAUGAGCAGUUAUAUUCAAAAUAUUAAAAGUGCCACCGCACAAUCUGCACAUCAAAUAAAUGAACUUCUUGAAGAAGUAAGACUAUUGAGAGAUUGUAUUGAAAGUGGAAAAGGGCUAGAUGCAAAACCUAACCAAAUAGAUGAGAAUGAUAUAAAGGAUCCUUUUGUUACUGAUAGAACUGAUUACCGUGGUAGUAACAAUCAUAUUAUAAGAAAACAAUAUAAAACAACCAUAGAAAUUGCAUGCAAACCUUUCAAAUUAAAUAAGGAAGUUCAAGGAAUAAAUGAAAAUCAAGGAAAUUACAAGAGACAACAAGGACAACUUGCAAUCUUAUCCAAAUUAUCUGAUUGUACAAAUAUCCUUAAAUUCUAUGGGCUGACGAAAUUAAAUGGCGAAGAUUGUAUGAUAUUAGAAUGGGCUCACUACGGAAAUUUGAGAGAGGUUUAUGAGAAUUAUGAUAUCCCUUGGAUGAGAAAAUUACAUAUUGCAAUUGAUCUAUGUAGAGCCAUCGCUUUCUUGGAUUAUGUGAAAAUUUUACAUCACGAUUUGCGAUGUGAGAAUGUUAUGUUAACAAAGAAUUUAGAACCAAAACUUACGAAUUUUGAUUAUGCUCGUUCAACAGAUGCAGAGAGCAAAAAAAUUCCUGAUUUGGAGAUAGUUCAUUGGUUAGCUCCAGAAAAAAUAGAAAAUAACAGCUACCGAUACGAUAUUAAAUGUGAAAUUUUCAGCUUUGGAAUGUUACUUUGGGAAUUAACUUUUGAAAAAAUUCCAUAUCAAGGGUGGGAUGUUGAAAGAGUGGAAGCCCAUGUAAUAGCAGGAAAGAGAGAAAGAAUUACAUUUGGACCAGUUGAGAAUGAUCGAGAAUUAGAAAUUCAAAAUAAAUUAGGUGAAGUCAUAACAAAUGCAUGGAAAGAAAGAUUAGAUAGAAUCAAUCUUCCAAAAUUAUUCAAUACACUUGAAGAAUUACAAUCCAAAUAUAAAUAUUUUAUGGAACAAGAUUGUAACUCAAAUUUACUUCCACAAAAAACUUUGGAUUUGGAUGGGUCAAGUACUCCUCCACCACCACUAGAAAGUGACGCGGAUAUGUUAUUACCUGAAUUAGAUGAAUUAUCAAUUGAUUUCGACGACAUAUCGCCAGCGUUAUCAUUGGAAGAAGGCAUAAAAGCACAUACAAAGCAAAAUUAUGAUGUAGCCUGGGAAUGUUUUGAAUUUCAUGCAAAGAAUGGAAAUGCAUAUGCAAUUUAUUGGAAGGGUUAUUAUUUAUGGGAAGGAAAGUUUGUAGAAAAAAAUCAUAAUGAGGCUAUUAAAUUAUUUAAGGAGGCAGCUGAUAAAGCUAUUCCUGAUGCACAGCUUCGCUAUGCAUUUGCUCUAAAGACUCUUAAGGGUAAUGUAAGAAUAAAGGAAGAUAAAAAUUUCAAGGAAUUCUUUAAAUAUUUAACUUUGGCAGCUGAUGGUGGAAAUACGGUCGCUCGAUAUACUUUGGGAGAUUGUUACUUUAAUAAGAAAUUAGGAUUGGAUAAUAAACAAAAAGGAAUUCAUUAUUUAAGAUUAGCUGCUAUAAAAAAUAAUAACAAAGCAAUGGAUUUAUUAAAAAAUCAUAAUAUAAGCAUUACCGAUGGACCAAAGUUAGAAGAUUAA